GAGAUCUAACCCAUUACUUUCCCGUUCGAUAGAAGUAUGAAGUUGUAAUUCAUUCCACAGCCCCAAAUCGGUGCUUGUCUACCAAUACAAACAAACACACCCCGCCUUAGGGUUUAACCCCCUUUCUCUCUUCAAAACCCAAUCUUCUCCUCCUCCUCCAAACCCUAGAAAUCAAAUUAAAUUCCGAACAAUGAGCUACGCAGCGUUCAAAAUGAUGCACUCUCCUACCGCAAUCGAGACCUGCGCAUCAGGUUACAUCACACACUCCAACCAACUCCCUAAACUCCCUUCUAUUCAGACCGAAGACUCCGAUUGGCUUUCGAUUAAGCCAAAUGUCACCGCUUCGAUACCGAAUUUAGUUGUCACCGCUGCGAAUGUUCUCGAAGUUUACGUAGUUAGAGUUAGUGAGGAUAGUGGUGGUAGUGGUAAGGGGAGUGUUGUGGACAAGCGCGGUGGCGUAAUGGAUGGCGUUUCCGGUGCUUCGCUUGAGCUUGUUUGUCAUUACAGGUUACACGGCAAUAUUUACUCCAUGGCUAUAUUGCCUUGUGGGGGUGCUGAUGGCAGAAGGAGGGAUUCUAUAAUACUUACAUUUGAUGAUGCAAAGAUAUCCGUAUUAGAAUUUGAUGAUUCAGUCCAUGGAUUGCGCACAAGUUCAAUGCAUUGUUUUGAGGGUCCAGAAUGGCUUUAUUUGCGAAGAGGUAGAGAAAAUUUUCCCACAGGACCACUGGUAAAAGUUGAUCCGCAAGGAAGAUGCGCUGGGGUGCUUGUUUAUGGCUUACAAAUGAUAGUCCUCAAGGCCUCUCAGGCUGGUGGUUUUGUUGGUGAUGACAGUACACUAGGUGCUGGAGGUGCUUCCUGUGCUCGUAUUGAAUCGUCGUACAUAAUCAGCCUGAGGGAUAUGGAAAUGAAGCAUGUAAAGGAUUUUGUUUUUAUAAAUGGUUAUAUUGAGCCCGUAUUGGUUAUUCUAUAUGAACAUGAGCUUACUUGGGCUGGAAGGGUCUCCUGGAAGCACCAUACCUGCGGCAUUUCAGCACUUAGUAUUAGCACGACUUUGAAGCAGCAUCCAUUAAUAUGGUCAGCAAGUAAUCUUCCUCACGAGGCAUACAAGCUUCUUGCUGUGCCCUCUCCAAUUGGUGGUGUUAUUGUUAUUAGCACGAAUUCUAUUCAUUAUCAUAGCCAGUCAGCAUCAUGUAUUUUGGCUUUAAACAACUUUGCAGUGUCUGUUGACGGCAGUCAAGAGACAACAAGAUCAAAUUUCAGUCUGGAGCUAGAUGCUGCUAAUGCGACUUGGUUAUCAAAUGACGUAGCUAUGCUUUCAACAAAAACUGGGGAACUGCUUCUGCUGAAACUUGUUUAUGAUGGACGGGUUGUCCAAAGACUUGAUUUGUCCAAGUCUAAAGCUUCAGUGCUUACUUCAGGUAUCACAACUAUUGGAAAUUCAUUAUUUUUUCUGGCUAGUCGGCUGGGAGAUAGUUUGCUUGUGCAGUUUACAUCUGGUGUAGGUGCAUCUACGUUGCCUCCUGGUAUGAAAGAAGAGGUUGGAGAUAUUGAUGUUGAUGUUCAUCAAGCAAAGCGAUUAAGAAGGUCCUCUUCUGAUGCUUUGCAAGACAUGGUCAAUGAUGAGCUUUCUUUGUAUGGUUCAGGUCCAAAUAAUGCAGAGUCAACCGAGAAAAUAUUUUCGUUUACUGUCCGAGAUUCUCUGAUCAAUGUUGGCCCUCUGAAAGAUUUUUCUUAUGGUUUACGAAUUAAUGCUGACCACAAUGCAACUGGUAUUGCUAAACAAAGUAAUUAUGAACUGGUAUGCUGUUCCGGCCAUGGAAAGAAUGGGGCUCUCUGCGUGCUUCAAAAAUCAAUUCGACCUGAAGUAAUCACUCAAGAACCUAUACCUGGUUGCAAGGGACUAUGGACUGUUUAUCACAAGACCUCGCGCAGUCAUACUAUUGAUUCUUCCAAGAUGGCAUCUGAUGAUGAUGAAUAUCAUGCAUAUCUGAUUAUUAGUCUGGAGAAUCGUACUAUGGUACUACAAACAGUCAACAAUCUAGAGGAGGUUACUGAAAGUGUCGAUUAUUAUGUGCAAGGAAGUACUGUUGCUGCUGGAAAUCUUUUCGGACGGCUUAGAGUAAUACAAAUCUAUGCUCGUGGUGCUCGAAUUCUUGAUGGUGCUUUUAUGACUCAGGAGCUGAACUUUAAGGCUCCAAACUCUGAAUCUGGUUCAGGGUCUGAGAGUCCAACAGUAUCAUCGGUUUCUAUAGCCGAUCCUUAUGUGCUUCUAAGAAUGAAUGAUGGAAGUAUUCAGCUUAUUGUUGGAGAUCCUUCGUCUUGCACGGUCUCUACCAGCUUCCCAGCAGUAUUUGAAAAUUCGAAGAAAUCGAUAGCAUCGUGUACACUUUAUCACGAUAAAGGUCCAGAACCAUGGCUUCGAAAAACUAGUACCGAUGCUUGGCUUUCAAGUGGUGUAGGGGAGGCAAUUGAUGGCUCUGAUAGUACACUUGAUCAGGGUGAUGUAUACUGUGUUGUUUGUUAUGAAAGUGGUAUCCUCCAAGUAUUUGAUGUACCCAACUUUUGCUGUGUGUUCUCUGUGGAUAACUUUGAAUCAGGGAAGGCCUACCUUGGUGAUACUUUUGUUCAGGAAUCAGCUAAUGAUUCUCAAAAUCAUCUGAGAAAGAAUUCCGAAGAGACUGAAAACGGUAGGAAAGAGAAUAACCAGAGGAUCAAGGUUGUAGAAUUGGCCAUGCAUAGAUGGUCGGGGCAACAUAGUCGUCCUUUCCUUUUUGGAAUCCUGACCGAUGGGACUGUUCUUUGUUACCAAGCUUACUUGUAUGAAGGUUCAGAAAGUUCUGUUAAAAUUGAGGAAAUUGUUCCGGUGCAUGAUUCUGUUAACCUUAAUAAUGCAAGUAGUUCUAGAUUGAAAAAUUUGAGAUUUGCCCGUGUCCCAUUAGAUACAUAUAUAAAGGAAGAGAUAUUGCCUGAAACUCCAUCUCCAAGAAUUACAACGUUUAAGAAUGUUGGUGGGUUCCCAGGAUUGUUCAUAGCUGGGUCAAGGCCGAUUUGGUUUAUGAUAUUUAGAGAACGACUUCGGAUUCAUCCACAGUUAUGUGAUGGACCCAUUGCUGCCUUCACCAUUCUGCACAAUGUUUACUGUAAUCAUGGGAUAAUCUAUGUUACACAACAGGGUACAUUGAAAAUUUGUCAACUUCCGUCUUUAUUAUGCUAUGACAACUAUUGGCCAGUACAAAAGAUUCCAUUGAAGGGCACUCCCCACCAGGUCACUUAUUUUGCUGAGAAGAAUUUGUACCCACUUAUUGUAUCAGUUCCAGUUGUUAAGCCAUUAAAUCAAGUCUUGUCAUCUUUGGUUGAUCAAGAAGCUGGUCAUCAGAUUGAACAUGAUAAUUUCUCUUCUGAUGGAACCUACGCAGUAGAAGAAUUUGAGGUUCGGAUCCUGGAACCAGAGAAGUCUGGUGGUCCCUGGCAGAUCAGGGGUACGAUUCCCAUGCAAAGCUCUGAAAAUGCGUUAACUGUUCGCGUGGUUACUCUAUUUAAUACAACAACUAGAGAAAAUGAAACACUUUUGGCCAUUGGGACUGCCUACGUACAAGGGGAGGAUGUUGCUGGACGAGGGCGUGUACUCCUGUUCUCUGUAGAGAGAAUUGCUGAGAGUUCUCAGACUACGAUUUCCGAGGUUUACUCCAAGGAGUUGAAAGGUGCUAUAUCUGCCGUAGCUUCACUUCAAGGUCAUCUGUUGAUAGCUUCUGGUCCAAAGGUUAUUUUACACAAGUGGACGGGUUCUGAUCUGACCGGGGUCGCCUUCUACGAUGCUCCCCCUCUCUAUGUCGUGAGCUUAAAUAUUGUGAAGAAUUUCAUUCUUCUUGGGGAUAUUCACAAGAGCAUAUACUUUCUCAGUUGGAAGGAACAGGGAGCUCAACUUACUUUAUUGGCCAAAGAUUUUGGCUCACUUGAUUGUUUCGCGACAGAAUUUCUAAUCGAUGGGAGUACUCUUAGCUUAACAGUUUCAGAUGAUCAAAAGAAUGUACAGAUAUUCUACUAUGCACCCAAGAUGUCAGAGAGCUGGAAAGGACAAAAACUUCUUUCUCGAGCUGAGUUUCAUGUUGGUGCUCAUGUUACCAAGUUUCUGAGGUUGCAGAUGCUUCCUACACCUGAUCGAACCAAUGCUGCUGCAGUCCCUGACAAGACAAAUCGUUUCGCUCUUUUAUUUGGGACUCUGGAUGGCAGUGUCGGAUGUAUUGCACCUCUAGAUGAAUUAACAUUUCGUAGACUUCAGUCCUUGCAAAAGAAACUUGUUGAAUCUGUGCCACAUGUUGCUGGAUUGAAUCCAAGAUCUUUUCGUCAAUUCCAUUCGAAAGGAAAGGCUCACCGGCCUGGUCCAGACAGCAUAGUUGACUGUGAACUUCUUUGUCAGUUUGAAAUGCUUGUAUUGGAGCAGCAGCAUGAGAUUGCUAAUCAGAUAGGGACAACACGUUCACAGAUUGUGUCAAAUUUAAAUGAUCUUGCUCUUGGUACAAGUUUCUUAUGAGGAACAGCCUGUUAAAUGACAAACUGCAGGGAAUUAGCGUGACAAAUUAGGUAGACCACUGACGGGCUAUAUACCCUAGCUUCUUGUUUGUAAAUUGUGAUGAAAUCUCUGCAGAACUGUAAUUGGUUGGCCUUCUCUCUCAUCUAGCUGGCUAAUAGCAUUUGUUGUAGAACAUAUGGUGUAAUUAUUCUUUAUCAUACAAUUAGAAUUCUAGAGGUAGUGCUAGACCUGGAAUUAGAGCGAAAACGUGUACCUUUAGAUAUAUUGUGCAAGUUUGUUGUAGAAUCAUAGUAAAGACUUGUCUCGUUGAUUGUAUUGAGUUGAGAAUAGAAAGAAGAUUUCAAAUUUUAUUUUCAAAUAACAAGUCUUAGUUUAAUUA